GCUGCCUCUCUCUCUCUAGAUUGUGCCAACCCCAUCUCAUUUGUUCCUCUCCCGAUCCCUGUCUCUCCAGAUGUCUUCGACUCCAGACCAGCCCUCUGGGCACAUGGAGGGGCCCCCUGCAUCAGAGGCAGCCUCGUGGCCCCCGCUGCCCUGCGGGCCCUGUGUCCCCAUCAUGCUCGCCCUGGCCUCCCUUGCUGCCCUCUUCCUCCUGACAACUGCCGUCUUGGCCGAACGCCUGUUCCGGCGCUCUCUGCGCCCAGACCCCAGCAACCAGGCACCCACCCUGGUCUGGCGCCCCGGAGGAGAGCUGUGGAUUGAGCCCAGGGGCACCCCCCGAGAGCGCUCAGAGGACUGGUAUGGCUCUGCGGUCCCCCUGCUGAUGGACCGGGCCCCAGAGCCUCCCACCCCUGGGGGCACCUUGGAGGCCCGAGCAACAGCCCCACCUGCCUCUUUAGCCCCUCAGCCCCUUCCCAGACCCUUGGUCCCCCCGAGGCCUCCCAAGCCCUCAUUCCGGAGCACCUUCUGGGGGCCCCAGGCCUGGGAGGAGAGACCCCACGCCCCAGGCCUAGUGAGUUGGGCUGAGCCUGAACAGGGACCAGACGCCAGUGUGCACUUGGGGAGCCCCCAGGCCCAGAGGCAGCGGCCAGGAAGCCCUGAUCCUGAGUGGGGUCUCCAGCCUCGGGUUACCCUGGAGCAGAUCUCAGCUUUCUGGAGUCGUGAAGGUCGGACAAGUGUUGGGCUCUGAAUCCCCAGUGCCUGGAGGACUGGCCUCCCAGAAACCCCUGAGGAAGGCCCUACCCUAUCUCAGAGGGACCUUAAGACCCUGGGGCUCCAGCCUGGGAACCUGAUACCUGAGGUCCCCCAGGGAAGAAUGCCCCUCCUAGGCCUUUUACAUCUGGAUUUCAAUUCCCCUGGAUCUGGGUCUGGGCAGACGGGGUGUGGACAGAGCCUGUGCUGCAGGGGAAGCCCAGAGGUACCUCUGCUUCACUGCCUGGGGCUCUGGCGCAGAGAACUGGAGAUGGGACCGACUCUGGGCCAGAAGCCGUGAAGAUCACGUUCCGGAUUAAGAACUCAAGAUACCAGACAGGCAGGAAAUAGCACCAACACAGUGGCUUCCACCUUCCUUCAGUGUGCACCUAAGAAGCCGAUAUCAAAGCGGAGGGGUCUCAUGGCUGCUGAAGAACAGACUGAGGGUGGGAUGAUGAGUGUCAGUUGUGCCAGCAGGAGAUGACAGGAAUUCAGCUUCCCAGAGCCACAAAUCAUCCCUCCAGCAAAACAGAUAAAGAGAGGUCAAGACCAGGCAAAGGAGCAUCUUAUUGCAUACAAACUGUGGCUUUGACCCCCAACCAGCAACAGGGAACUUGGUUAGCCAAGCUCAGACGCACUUGUGCCUGUAGCUGGGACUUAGAGCCAAAGACUGAAGGGCAGCCUGUCCUCAAGGCCGACACACCUCAGCCUCCUGAAUCUCACCCCUCCACAAUGAGAGAGGCCCAGGCCAAGGAGAUCUGAGUUUGAUCCAAUGUGGAAAGGAGCACUGUCCCGAGGCAGGGUAGCUCCCAAAAUGCGGCCUCCAGCUAUCUUCCUCCCAGCUAGCUGGAGUGGUUCGGAGAGACAGAUUUUCCCCAAGGCGGGCUUACUUAUAAAGCUCCACCCCGGAGAAAUGGAGCCCUGA